AUGUCCACCGGUCCGCGUGGCUCCCUCGGUUCCCAGGAUCGCAUCCUCUUCAAUGAUAUUAUCUCCGAUCCUGCUCUAGACUUGCCGUAUGAUGGUGUUGCUCCCACUGAGGGCGACUUUGGGAUUAUUCUUUAUGCUUUUGAGCGUGAUCUUGAUGUUUUCCUGAUUACGCGGAUGAAGUCGCAAGGUCAGGGUCAAGGUCGCUUGCCGGGGUCUGGUGGUGGUGAGAGCGGGGAGGAAGGAGGAAGGGUGGUGGUGGUGAACGUGGUUCUGGGCCUUUGCAGUGUUUGGAUGGAAGGUCCGUUUAUAUUUCGAUCGCUUCAUUUCGGCGUUUGGGUACGGUUCGAUAUUUUUCCUGGUGAUUCGGGGAAUCCGCUGUUAGAUCAUAUUCCCAGUGAGCAAGCAGUUGGAGCCUGUUCGGAGGGAUACUAA